GAGGAGUUCGAUCUGUCUCUGACGUAUUGCAAUGCCAUCUACCCGACUACGGCUCCACCCGGUUUACGGACACCCAGGUUUGUCAGGUCUCUUGAAUUGUAUUUGGGGGAGGCCGACUCCGAGGGCUACUGUAAGUGGAAGCUUUGGUCGCAGAAUCCGGAGAACGGGGUGCAGGUGGAGCGCCACGAGAUCCAGCACCUCCUGCGUAUGUUUCACCUUCCCGAGGAUGUGGCGGACCAGUUGGUUGUGGGACGACUUGCCACAGAGCCCCAAAACUUCGGGAUGGAUCGGAGCCGCCGAUACUUGGGUCUUGCUCUGCUGGCCUUCUCGCUGGAGCUGUUAUUUUGGAAUUUCUCCUUACCGCUGCCCGGGAGAACAGGUGGGCAAGAGCCUCCGGAGCCCAACCACGAGAACCGCUUCGUCAUCGAUGUGGCCAAUGAGCUCUGGUAUGGAGCGGACGACAUGCUGACUGCCGGGGCCUUCAUGGGUGAUGAGGGUUGGGCCGCCCGUGGCGAGAGCCCUGCUACCCUCGGCUCGGUCGGCAUCUCCCUCAGGAAUGCCGCAGAAGCUCUCCUGCUGGCCGAUUGGUAUGAUUGCUCUGGCGAGUUGGAAGUGGCUGGUGCGGCAGGCGACUACUAUUUCCUGGAGGAGGAUUUCUUCUCCGUGGCGGCUGCCCUGCCCGGCAAUGCUGACUCGGAGGAGGAUUUCGACACCUGGGGCCUCGAGCAGUCCGCACCGACGGCAGAUGCAGCAGUGGCAGCCCUUGGCCGACUCAGCGCCGAGAUGGACUCCUUGGCUGGACGGAUCAAUGUGGAGUCGGUGGCGGGCCAGGCUCUCAGCCGAACGGCGGAGAACUGGCGCAGGGCUGCGAGGCUCUUCCAAGGCAAGCCCGCUGACGAGUCUGAGGAGGAAGAGAGCGCGGACUCUGCGGCUCUGCCCUCCAAAGUUCAAGAGGCUCUGGCUGAGGCGAUGAGUGACACGGAGCGCCAAAGCACGCUUCGCAGGCUUCUAAAAGAGUACCAUCCAGAUCAGAAUCCUGGCGAAGAGGACGACGUCCUUCCUGUCUUCCUCAAACUGCAAGAACUGCGGGAGCGAUCUGGUGACUAA